AUGAUGUCCAAAACUAUUGAUAGCAAUACAUCGCGGCCUGGAUCACCGUCGCUACUUGUCAAACAACAAUCAUUGAAAAAAUUGUUUAAUUCUCACCUGUCGAUUUAUAAUGCACUUACCAACCCCGACUUAGAUGUUGGCGACGGCGCCUUCUCUAGGAUGUCACCGGAAAGGAGGCUCACACCUGAAAUGAGAGUUCAGGUUGAAAGAGGAAUGUCCCCAGAGUUGAAAGAGUCUCAGUUCUCUAUCACAUCAUGGCAAUCGAUAAGCAAUGAGUCCGUCCUUCAGCAGAUAAAACCAACUUCUUCAAUUUUAUCUGUAACUUCAGAUGAAGAUGAUGCACCAGUUCUAGUAAACUAUAUGCAACUGCCGCUGCGUCCUAGUCAUGUGUUAGUUUUCGAGACAGAUGAAGAAGACGAUGACGUGACACCGAGUUCCUUUAUAAUGCCAAAAUUGCCGGUAUCAAAUUCACUAACGACAAGCAAAAAGAUUGAAGUCACAGUAUUGAGUUCAUGUAACAAUUUCAAUUUUGAAACUAAUCAAUUAAUCAAUAAAAUUGAAAGAGAAGUCAAUUUCAAUCUGAUAAGCAUUAGACACCUAAAUUUAAAUUCUAAGAUCCUGAAAUUUGACGAAAUGAUAACUAAAAACUCGGACCUAAUCUUUAUUGUUAAUGACGGUUCGUUAAUUUUUGUCGAUUUUCUUUCAAGUAUUAACUUUGACGAAUCUUGUUUACCCAAGCUAACAAUCAUCAACAUGAUUACGAAUAAUUACUUCAUAAAUUUAUUCGAUUUGAUUAAUCGUUUGAAACCUUAUCAAAUCUGGAAAGCAUCUUCUUUAAAGCAAGAAAAUCUAUUUGAUAAGUUCAAAAGUUUUAUUGAAAUAGAGAUAAACCAGUUUGAUGAUCAAUUUAGCAUGACGCAGACAUCUGCCAAUCCUACAAAAAAGAGGUGUCAGAGUCUAUCGAUUACUAAUAGCUAUUCAAUGGACUUAGUGCCAAAGAGUAAAACAGACUAUAAAUUGAUUGAAAAGCGCUUCAAAACUGAUUUGAAAGAUUCCACAAAUUUGAAUGAUCCAUUACAACUAUCCUCAAGAUUUUUUCGCUUUAAUAUUUUGAUAUCAAUUUUUAACAAAUGCUUUGCUUCAGCUAAUAGAUAUUGGCUCGCAUGCUGCUUUGGAAUUGGUAUGGGUAUUGGGAUUACAAGUGGAUUAGCAUUCGUAAAGUUUUAUUUGACGGAGAGCAACAGCAGGAUAUUCGAUCCGCUCUUGGCUGGGGGCAAUUCCAUGGCAGAAUUUUCAGAGCCUGAUUUUUCUCGCCUAUUCGAUGCAGAAUUUUUCAAGAAAUUAGGUGGUAUUUUUGAAUCAUAUGUCAACGAAUUGAAAUUUUUCAGUUCUUUUAUUUUUGAUUGUGUUAGGGGGGGUUUCGCUAAGGCAAUAGGUUUAUUUUGCAAUUAG